AUGGGUCAAACAGUCGAGAUUAGCCGGUCUCGAUCGCCCCACACCUCUCGACGAUGGGGAUUGUAUCUGAUCCCCGCAAUCCUCAUCUUUUCCUGGACUCAAUUCAGCUUCUUGCCCCGACUGCUGUCGUCGGACCACCCGGCAACCCAAAGGCUCUCGCAGCACCGUCUGGAGCAACUAGAACAGCAUCUGCAAGCAUGUUCGGAUUUGCAUCGCCCACCCGUGGAAUAUGACCAGCCGACCGCAGCAAACCGGGUGAAUCCCCGCUGGAAGGCCAAGAAUGGGCAGAGCCAAGCAAUUGUUCUCCGCAACGCGACUCUUUUUGACGGCGACCGGACCAUCAACUAUCCUGUAGAUAUUACCUUCCACAAAGGUGUCAUCACGCAUAUCAAACCUACUUCCCAGCAUGAUUUCGCCUACUUAGCUAUUCACGAUGCUCUUGUUCUCAACCUGGACGGCCAGUUCGUCACCCCGGGUCUGGUCGACAUGCACUCGCACCAUAUCGCAGUGUCCAGCCCCAUCUUACCCGCAACCAUCGAUGUCGACGAAGUCCACCCGGGCUUCGGCCCACUCACUCCCUUUGUGAGCGUUCUAGAUGCACUCAAAGCGUAUGAUCCUGUCGCUACUAUUGUCGCCUCGGGUGGCGUGACCUCCUCGCUCAUUCUGCCAGGCUCGGAAAACAUCAUGGGCGGCGAGGGCAUACCAGUCAAGAACCUCCGCCGUGAAGAGGGUGAAGAAGAGCUUGUGGAAGAGCUUCUCCUGGAGCAUGGCGUCCCCAAGAAUGAGCGCAGACGGUUCAUGAAGAUGGCCUGCGGCGAGAAUCCGAAGGACGUUCACGGCCACACACGUAUGGGCAACUCGUUCCUGUUUCGCAAGCACAUGAAAACUGCGCGGCUGCUCCUCCGGAAACAGGACGACUGGUGUCUUGCUGCCGCUGCGGCGCGUGAGACGGGCGAUGAGAAGGCUAUUGCCGAUCUGAUGAAGGAUGGAGGGUUGCCGAGCGAUAUCGAUUUAGACUCUUCCGUCGCUAUGCUUCGCGGUCAGGUGGGUGUUAACAUCCAUUGUUAUGAGAGCGAAGAUAUUGAGGGUAUGAUUCGGCAUAGUGAGGAGUUUGGGUUUCGAAUCCAAGCUUUUCAUCAUGCUUUGGAGGCGUGGAGGGUGCCGGAUGCGAUUAGAAAUACUGGACAGAACAUCACGGUCGCUACUUACUCACAUCUAGCACAUUACAAGCACGAGGCGUAUGACGCCACACUCUAUGGGGGUAAGAUCGUGACUGAGCAUGGGGUGCCUGUGGCUUACAUCUCGGACGGCUCAACUGAAUCUCAAGCGGCCGAAGCGCACUCGUUCGGUCUCCCUGAAGCCCAGGCCCUUCAAUCGGUGACCAGCACUCCCGCGCGAUCCUUAGGACUGGCCCAUCGCAUCGGCUAUGUCCAGCCGGGCUACGACGCAGAUCUCGUCAUCUGGGAUUCACACCCAUUAUCCAACGGUGCAACGCCGUUUCAACAUCACCUCCACCAAGCCGGCCACUCCCCCAAGGCCACCGACAAAGCCUCCAUCUGCAACCAAGCCACGAAUCCAGACGCCCAAAUCAUCAUCACAGGCAUUGCCAAAAUACUGAUCCCAGACCUCCACCAACCCACCGACACGACCAACCUAACCCUAGUCUUCACCUCCGGCAGGAUCACCUGCCUCGGCGCCGCAAACGAGUGCCUCGCCUCCACAGCCAACGCAACAGCAAUCCAUCUCCAGAACGGCCACCUCCUCCCCGGCCUAACAGCCGUGACCGCCGGCCUAGGCCUCCAAGACAUUCUGGCUGAACCCUCCACCGGUGACGGCCACGUUCCCAGCGACACGACCACGCAAGGCAACAACCUCAUCCACGCGAAGCACGGGCUUCACCUAACAGGAAGCAAGGACCUCCAACGCGCAAGACUAGGGGGGAUUACCACGGCCAUCACCGCGCCACUCGUCCAAGACACCAAUCCCGUAUUUCUGCGCGGCGUCUCCGUAGCCUUCAAAGUCAGCAACCCCGGUUCCGGCUCCAAUUCCCAUAACACCAACAACCAGAACAACGAGAAUCCCCUCAACACCGCAAUCCUCACCCCCGACGUCGGACUCCACCUCACAAUCGGCCAGUCCGGCAAAACCAGUCUCACGCCCACAAUCUCCUCGCAAAUCAGCCUCCUCCGCAUGCGCCUCAGCCGUAACCACCAACCCGCCGAACGAACCCCUGACGAAGAGAGCAUAUACACGCAAAUCGCCAACAGCACCCUGCCGCUGAUAAUUCACGUCCACAACCACCACGACAUCCUGCAUCUCGUGCGCAUCAAGCAUGACUUUCCCGAUGUGUAUCUGGUGCUCCUCGGCGCGACCGAGGCGCCGCUUGUAGCGAGUGAGCUUGCUGGCGCUGAGAUCCCCGUUCUUUUUACCGGGCUACGGCCGAAUCCUGAUAGCUGGGAGGUGAGGGAUGCGUUGGUGGGGAAGCCGGUGACGGAGGCGGGGUUGAAGCUUUUGGUAGAGGCGGGCGUUAGGGUUGGGUUGGUACAGGCUGGGCCCAGUGAUUCCGGGAUCCAUAAUUUGGGGAUCGAUGCUGGGUUUGCGCGGAAGGUGGCUGGGUUGUCGGAGCAGCGGGCGGUGGACUUGGUGAGUCGGGAUGUGCUUGAGAUUCUCAGGCUGGGUCGGAGGGGUGAGGUGGAUGGUGAGAGUGACGGGGAGGAAGGGGGGUUUGAGGGUGAUUUCGUGGUGUAUGAGGGGAAUCCGUUGGAUUGGGGGGCUAGUGUGGUGUUGACGGUUGAUGGGGGGCUGCACAGGGUGGUUGAGUGCUGGCCGGAGGCUUCUUAG